AUGAAACAACAAUUUGUUCUAUUCAUUGCAAGUUUUGUUUUACUGGGAAUUAGUUGUAUUUCAGCAGCAAAUUGGGCAGUACUUGUUGCUGGUUCUAAUGGUUGGUAUAAUUAUCGUCAUCAAGCUGAUGUUUGUCAUGCUUAUCAAAUUUUACAUAAAAAUGGUAUUCCCGAUUCAAAUAUUAUUGUUAUGAUGUAUGAUGAUUUAGCUACAAAUCAAGAAAAUCCAACAAAAGGUAUUAUUAUUAAUCAUCCUAAUGGAAAAGAUGUUUAUCAUGGUGUACCACAUGAUUAUACUCGCACAGAUGUAACACCAAAAAAUUUUAUUAAUAUUUUACUUGGAAAUAAAGAAGCUAUGCAAGGUAUUGGUAGUGGUAAAGUCUUAGAAAGUGGUCCCAAUGAUAAUGUUUUUAUUUAUUUUACUGAUCAUGGAGCUGUUGGUUUAGUUGCUUUUCCAACUGGUGUGCUCUAUGCCAAAGAUUUAAAUGAUACAAUCACAAAAAUGCAUAGUCAAAAACAAUACAAACAAAUGGUCAUUUAUAUUGAAGCAUGUGAAUCAGGUUCAAUGUUUGAAGAUAUUCUUUUAAAUAAUAUCAAUAUAUAUGGAACAACAGCAUCAAAUGCUGAAGAAUCAUCCUAUGCUUGUUAUUAUGAUGAAAAACGUGGAACAUAUUUAGGUGAUCUUUAUUCAGUUGUUUGGAUGGAAGAUUCUGAUGUUGAAAAAAUUGAUCAAGAAUCUUUAUAUCAACAAUAUUUAAUAACAAAGAAAAAAACAAAUGAAAGUCAUGUUAUGCAAUAUGGUGAUCUUACUUUAGGUAAAACUCAUAAUGUUAGUGAAUUUCAAAGUGCAAAAAAACAAUUACAUAAAUCUCAACGUAAUUUUAUUCACGAUUAUGAUAAUAAUAUACUUCGAAAUGAUGCUGUGCCUACUGAAAGUGUUCGUCUUUCUAUUAUAGCUCGUCGUUUAGCUAAUAUUGAAGAAAAUUCAAUUGAAAAAGAAAAUUUAGAACGUCAACUUGGUCAAUUACUUAAUGAUCGAGCUUUAAUUACAAAUUAUAUGCAAAAAAUAGCAUCAAUAUCAUUAUCAAUGAAUCAUGGUGAUUAUUUAGAAAUAGUGAUAGAAAAACAUAUGAAACUUACUCAACAUGAUUGUUAUAAAUCUGUUACACAAUAUAUUCAUGAAAAAUGUUUUGAUCUUCAAAAUGAAUUUGUUCUUAAUAAACUUUAUAUUAUGGCUAAUUUAUGUGAAAUUGGUUUAUAUGAUUUUACUAUUAAUCAAGGUAUCGAUCGAGUAUGCCAUGAACGAAUUCAAUUUGUUUAUUAA